AUGGAGAAAAUAACUAGAACUUACAUCAAAUGUUCAGAUGGCUACGAUCGGAGCAGGCAACAAUGGGUAGAUGCUGGAUGUGACAAGCAGGCCAGCUAUGUGAGAUGCAGAACAUUGAACGUGCCUUUGCUAGAAGUGCCUUCCACGUCACCAGCCACCCGUCGAGCCAGGCCCACUCGGCCGUCGCUCGUGUUCCGACGGUUCCCGACCACGCCCGACACGAGCCGAAGAGUCACGAACCUUCGCGACGACGACGACAAAUCCAAUAUCAACUUCCCGGAAACUACGUCAAAUUCCAGGCAGCGAAUCAACGUCUGGCAGGUCACGAACGACGACCCCGGCGCGGGAACCAAUCAUCACGUCCCUGACACGUUAGAUAACAGGGGUCAGGGCAGGACUUCUUCUUAUGGCAUCCCUCAGACAUUGGAGAUUGAGGUUGUGAUAUGCAUACUGGUGGCGGUUGUGAUUGUCGUGGUGGCCAUAGCUUGGAUUAUUCACUCGUACUCCAGGAGACCAGGACUCGAGCUGUUUGUUGUUGAGAUCGACAAUCAUGACAACGUAAUUUCAAGCACCCAUCACUACAUGGAUGUCAUAGCUGUGUUUUCUAAAGGUUGAAAGCAACGUAAGCAUCCUGACAAGAACUGUUGGCAGUCCAUGAUGUUAUCUGUGCAGACUUGAUUUGAUGGACACUCAAAGAAGCCGGUCUACACCGCAACAACACGUGAGGAAGACAGCUGAUGACACCGGGUAAUCUUAGGAACUAUCUGAAGUGGUUCUUGUGUACAUUUAUGAUGGACUCCAAUGGCAAUGACAUCAUUACAUCACAUGGUAUACGCGAAGUCAAAGUGAUAUAUGUACCUAUAUUAACCUUUACCGGGAUUGGCUUGUAAACAAUAUGCACUUACAGUACACAAGCACACGUAUACGAACUCUGGAAGCCCUGAACAUUUUUCAACGAGAGCUUUGUAGAAAUGACACAUGUUUGUGUUGAUGUUCUGUGUGUUCUGAAGAUAGUGAUAGCGAUGGUUGAGCAAAUCAAACU